CUCCACUCCGCACCACACCACUCCGCACCACUCCACUCCACACCCUGCUCAGUGGUACUGCAGGACAGUGAUUGUUAAGUUUCCUGUCAUUUUCUUACUCACUCGGGAGGAAGAGGUUACCAGGAUUUUCAUGGCUGUCGAGUCUGAUAAAGGGGGAGCUUUCCGUCAUGUUCCUUCCUUCAGGGUGGGCACACACACAAGUAUGUACGCACACACACACAUACACACUGUACUGAGCACUGCAGUCUUGACUUCAUUAACUGGGCAGCCUGAACAUGACGAGUGGAGGGAUGGUGAGAGUGGAAUGUGAGGGAGUGUGUGUGUUCCUGCUGCUCGUCCUCGCUGCACUCCACCACACUGUGAGAGCUGAGAAGAAGACGCUGGACAUGGCUCCUGAUGCAGUAGAUGACGACUUCUCACAGUGUCGAGACAAAAUGCUGAAGGCUGUUACUGAACCGGACGGCCUGCUGGAGAAGGAACUCAAAGCUAAUAAAGAGUUUAAGGACGUGUGGAAUAAAUACAGGAAAGGGUGCACAAAGAACAUUCCUGGUGGAACAUCUUAUCACAUCAGUGCUCUACAGGUCUAUGCAAAUUCUGGGACUAAAUUCAGAAAAACAUUCAAUGACUUGGUUUACAGUAAAGGCAGCAAUAACACGACCUACAGAGAGGAAUUUCCCUUCAAGUCUCUUCACUUCCUCCUGACAGACUCCCUGCGACUGCUGAACCUCUCAAACCUCUGUCAGACGGUGUUCUACGGCACUGAAAACAUCUACACAGCACCAACGGGGACUGAGGUCCGAUUCGGGAAGUUCCUCCGAGCCCAAACUGGCAGAAGUUCUGAAAUUGAAGUAGUGGAUUCAGAAGGUAAAGGCACCUUGUUUAACAUCACUUCCUGUUCGGUGGUUAAUCUUGAGGGGAACACGUGUAAAUCUGAGCACGUCCAGUGGCUUAUUUCUCCAGCCGAGGUCUUCACAGUGCAGAACGUCACAGAUGUUGUAUCUAAAGAUGACACACCGUAUAAAGAGAUCACUUUAACACACUCACGCUUCCUCAGCAAACCCACCUGCUCCUUCUUCCACAGGAACACUGCGGAUGCUGCAUCCUCCACCUCUCUGGCGUUUCCACUGCUGACCCUGAUGGCCUCCUUGCUGAGUCACUUUACUGUGAUGGAGUGAUGCACAUGUUCCUCUACACGUUCAUAUGAAUUUAUUAGAACUUUAUUAAGGCUUGGGAUCGUUGUGUUUAUCUCAUUACACAUCUGAGCAGUUGAGGGUUUAGGGCCUUUUAUAAUAAUAAUAAUAAUAAAUAAAUAAAUAAAUAAAUAAUAAUAAUAAUAAUAAUAAACAUAAGCAUUGCAUUACCAGUCAGGCUACAUGCACUGGACUGCUAGUGUGGAUGAAGUAUGUCUGGCUACAGUGGGACAAAACAUCUAGCAUCCAACAUGUGGGAUUUCACAGAAUGCACUGCGGCGUGACGUCACAAUCCCAAGCUGUAAUUCUUUUAAUUCUUUAAUUUCUUUUUUUUAUAAAUCUAUGAUAAGGAGUCCAGGGAGCUGUCUCAAGUACCAGCAGACAAAUAAAUACCAGAUAAUAUAAAUGUUAAGGAAAGAAAUAAAAGCUUGUGUUUUCUCAUUAACACGACGACGCUCAGUCGCUUCCGCUGGUUCACUGAUUCUCAGGAUUAAUGGAAAAACACUACAGGGAAUCAUAACAGAUAAAAAUAUAUACAUUUAGAAAAGUGUGAGUAAUUUCUAAAGGUCUUAACACUGGUUUGGAAAUCACUGUCACCCUGAUGAGGUUAUUGUGACUGCUGUAUUACUGCUUUCUUUGACGUAAUGAGACAGGAAGUGGGAGAGAGAGGAAGGAAAGAGGAAGUAGUGCGUAAAGAGUUAUUACAGUUUGUCCAGAAACCGUGAAGUCUUGUACCACGUGAACUGAUUCACUGUUGACUCUGUACUUUGUGUCCAACACACACACAUGCACACACACACACACACACACACACAUUUACAUUUGGGCAGUUGGCAGACGCUCUUAUCCAGAGCGACUUACGAAACGUAUGAAACAGGUCUCAGACAGCAGGACAGUAGUUUUACUGUAAAUGUUUAUUUGUUUAUAUUUACUGUUUAUUACUGAUGUGAGAAACAUUUCAUUAAACUUCUCAGAUCCAGAGCAGUUCUUCUUCUCCAGCUCCUGGAUCUUCUGUAUGA